GGGAGUUGAUUGCUGCCAAUAGGCUGUCAGCUGAAAAACCAGUUUCAAUGCUCACAGACUUCAAAACAUUUGGAUUCUUCUGGCUUGCCAAUGAUACUGAAGCCAAACCUGCAGUCUUCACCACUUGGUUUGCAAAUGCACACAAAGCUGCAGCUUUUGCACGCAUGCUUCUAAAUCCUGAGCUGAUACAAGAAGAAAAUGCACAAAAAUUUCCUACAUAUGAGCAACGACUUAUUCUGCAGGAGUUGGCUGUGUUGGAAGAAGAAAAUGAAGAUGUAGGUGAUCUUGGUGAUUUUAUUGAUGAGAUGUCCCCCCUGGAAUGCAAAGUAUAUAGUAUCAACAAAAAUCUCAGCUGGUUUCGUCGUUAUAUUCCACCUGCUUAUCAGCAGUCAUUUGUGCACAAAGUCUUCGUGCAUGAUGGGAUUUUGGAUUACAUAUACUAA